GCCGGCGGGCGCCCUGGCCCAGGGCCGCGGGUGCGGGAGCCCGGCGAGGUCGAGCUGGGCGGCGGCGGGGGCCGCGCCGAGGGAGGAGGGGAAGGCGGAGGCGCGGGGAGCGUGUUUGGGGCGCCGCGGCGGGGAGGGUGGCGGCCGCUGGUGCGCGCGGGGCGCUGUGUGUGCGCGCUCCCCCGCUCGGGGAGGAAGAUGGCCCAAAAGGGAAAGUUGGGGUGACGCGCGCGGUCCCCGGAGGCUCGGCGGGGGGCACCGCGGCCAGCCCGACGGAGCGGCGGACACACAGGCCGGGGGGCGCGCAGUCCGGGCGCCGCCGCGGCCGCCCCCUCACUGCAGGUGGCAGCGGGUGCGCUGGGUCCCGGCGGCCACGGGCGCGGGCGGGCGCGCGGGGGAGCCCGGCCGAGGGAUGGGCUGCGCCCCCAGCAUCCAUGUCUCGCAGAGCGGCGUGAUCUACUGCCGGGACUCGGACGAGUCCAGCUCGCCCCGCCAGACCACCAGCGUGUCGCAGGGCCCGGCGGCACCCCUGCCUGGCCUCUUCGUCCAGACCGACGCCGCCGACGCCAUCCCCCCGAGCCGCGCGUCGGGACCCCCCAGCGCAGCCCGCGUCCGCAGGGCCCGCACCGAGCUGGGCAGCGGUAGCAGCGCGGGUUCCGCAGCCCCCGCCGCGACCACCAGCAGGGGCCGGAGGCGCCACUGCUGCAGCAGCGCCGAGGCCGAGACUCAGACCUGCUACACCAGCGUGAAGAUUGGUGCUUCUCAAACCUCUUCAAAUCUGAGCGUGGAGAAAGUGGAUGCCCACCUCCACCAGCAGGUGUCUUCUGCGGAGGUGCGCAUCGGGCCCAUGAGACUGACGCAGGACCCUAUUCAGGUUUUGCUGAUCUUUGCAAAGGAAGAUAGUCAGAGUGAUGGCUUCUGGUGGGCCUGUGACAGAGCUGGUUAUAGAUGCAAUAUUGCUCGGACUCCAGAGUCAGCCCUUGAAUGCUUUCUUGAUAAGCAUCAUGAAAUUAUCGUAAUUGAUCAUAGACAAACUCAGAACUUCGAUGCAGAAGCGGUGUGCAGGUCGAUCCGGGCCACAAAUCCCUCCGAGCACACGGUGAUCCUCGCAGUGGUUUCACGAGUAUCGGAUGACCAUGAAGAGGCGUCAGUCCUUCCUCUUCUCCACGCAGGCUUCAACAGGAGAUUUAUGGAGAAUAGCAGCAUAAUUGCUUGCUAUAAUGAACUGAUUCAAAUAGAACAUGGGGAAGUUCGCUCCCAGUUCAAAUUACGGGCCUGUAAUUCAGUGUUUACAGCAUUAGAUCACUGUCAUGAAGCCAUAGAAAUAACAAGCGAUGACCACGUGAUUCAGUAUGUCAACCCAGCCUUCGAAAGGAUGAUGGGCUACCACAAAGGUGAGCUCCUGGGAAAAGAACUCGCUGAUCUGCCCAAAAGCGAUAAGAACCGGGCAGACCUUCUCGACACCAUCAAUACAUGCAUCAAGAAGGGAAAGGAGUGGCAGGGCGUUUACUAUGCCAGACGGAAAUCCGGGGACAGCAUCCAACAGCACGUGAAGAUCACCCCAGUGAUUGGCCAAGGAGGGAAAAUUAGGCAUUUUGUCUCCCUCAAGAAACUGUGUUGUACCACUGACAAUAAUAAGCAGAUUCACAAGAUUCAUCGUGAUUCAGGAGACAAUUCUCAGACAGAGCCUCAUUCAUUCAGAUAUAAGAACAGGAGGAAAGAGUCCAUUGAUGUGAAAUCGAUAUCAUCUCGAGGCAGUGAUGCACCAAGCCUGCAGAAUCGUCGCUAUCCGUCCAUGGCGAGGAUCCACUCCAUGACCAUCGAGGCUCCCAUCACAAAGGUUAUAAAUAUAAUCAAUGCGGCUCAAGAAAACAGCCCAGUCACAGUAGCGGAAGCCUUGGACAGAGUUCUAGAGAUUUUACGGACCACAGAACUGUACUCCCCUCAGCUGGGUACCAAAGAUGAAGAUCCCCACACCAGUGAUCUUGUUGGAGGCCUGAUGACUGAUGGCUUGAGAAGGCUGUCAGGAAACGAGUAUGUGUUUACUAAGAAUGUGCACCAGAGUCACAGUCACCUUGCAAUGCCAAUAACCAUCAAUGAUGUUCCCCCUUGUAUCUCUCAAUUACUUGAUAAUGAGGAGAGCUGGGACUUCAACAUCUUUGAAUUGGAAGCCAUUACGCAUAAAAGGCCAUUGGUUUACCUGGGCUUAAAGGUCUUCUCUCGGUUUGGAGUAUGUGAAUUUUUAAACUGUUCUGAAACCACUCUUCGGGCCUGGUUCCAAGUGAUCGAAGCCAACUACCACUCUUCCAAUGCCUACCACAACUCCACCCAUGCUGCCGACGUCCUGCACGCCACCGCUUUCUUCCUUGGAAAGGAAAGAGUAAAGGGCAGCCUCGAUCAGCUGGAUGAGGUGGCAGCCCUCAUUGCUGCCACGGUCCAUGACGUGGAUCACCCAGGAAGGACCAACUCUUUCCUCUGCAAUGCAGGCAGCGAGCUUGCUGUGCUCUACAAUGACACUGCUGUUCUGGAGAGUCACCACACCGCCCUGGCCUUCCAGCUCACGGUCAAGGACACCAAAUGCAACAUUUUCAAGAAUAUUGACAGGAACCAUUAUCGAACGCUGCGCCAGGCUAUUAUUGACAUGGUUUUGGCAACAGAGAUGACAAAACACUUUGAACAUGUGAAUAAGUUUGUGAACAGCAUCAACAAGCCAAUGGCAGCUGAGAUUGAAGGCAGCGACUGUGAAUGCAACCCUGCUGGGAAGAACUUCCCUGAAAACCAAAUCCUGAUCAAACGCAUGAUGAUUAAGUGUGCUGACGUGGCCAACCCAUGCCGCCCCUUGGACCUGUGCAUUGAAUGGGCUGGGAGGAUCUCUGAGGAGUAUUUUGCACAGACUGAUGAAGAGAAGAGACAGGGGCUACCUGUGGUGAUGCCAGUGUUUGACCGGAAUACCUGUAGCAUCCCCAAGUCUCAGAUCUCUUUCAUUGACUACUUCAUAACAGACAUGUUUGAUGCUUGGGAUGCCUUUGCACAUCUGCCAGCCCUGAUGCAACAUUUGGCUGACAACUACAAACACUGGAAGACACUAGAUGACCUAAAGUGCAAAAGUUUGAGGCUUCCAUCUGACAGCUAAAGCCAAGCCACAGAAGAGGGCCUCUUGACCUACAAAGGACACUGUGAAUCACAGUAGCGUAAACAAGAGGCCUUCCUUUCUAAUGACAAUGACAGGUAUUGGUGAAGGAGCUAAUGUUUAAUAUUUGACCUUGAAUCAUUCAAGUCCCCAAAUUUCAUUCUUAGAAAGUUAUGUUCCAUGAAGAAAAAUAUAUGUUUUGAAUACUUAAUGACAGAACAAAUACUUGGCAAACUCCUUUGCUCUGCUAUCAUCCUAUGUACCCUUGUCAAUCCAUGGAGCUGAUUCACUGUAACUAGAAGGCCACAGGAAGCAAAGCCUUGGUGCCUGUGAGCUCAUCUCCCAGGAUGGUGACUAGGUAGCUUAGCUAGUGAUCAGCUCAUCCUUUACCAUAAAAGUCAUCAUUGCUGUUUAGCUUGACUGUUUUCCUCAAGAGCAUUGAUGUGAAGGAUUCAUAAGAAGCUUAUCUGAACAGAUUUAUCUAAGAAAAAAAAACGACAUAAGUGAAACAACUAGGACCAAAUUACAGAUAAACUAGUUAGCUUCAUAGCCUCUAUGGCUACAUGGUUUUUCUGGCCGAUGGUGUGACACCUAAGUUAGAACACAGCCUUGGCUGGUGGGUGCCCUCUCUAGACUGGUAUCAGCAGCCUGUGUAACCCCUUUCCUGUAAAAGAGGUUCAUCUUAACAGAAAGUCAUCCAUGAUGAGGGAAAAAGUGGCAUUUCAUUUUGGGGGAAUCCAUGAGCUUCCCUUAUUUCUGGCUCACAGAGGCAGCCACGAGGCACUACACCAAGUAUUAUAUAAAAGCCAUUAAAUUUGAAUGCCCUUGGACAAGCUUUUCUUAAAAAAAAAAAAAAAAGUUUAUAUACAUGUUUAAAAUUUUUAUUAAAAUCCAAAUUUUCUGGGUAUAAGCUCAUGCAGUAUGUUGUGCCAUGCACCAUCUAUACGUAAUAGUUCGGGAGGGGAUAGGGGAAGUUUCAAGGUUCAGAUAUUUUUAACCAAUCUAUAUUUGAAAUCAUGCCAUUAGCUUUAACAAUGUUAAAAUUGUGCGGUGUAAAUAUAUCAGAAAAUAGGCAUAUGGGGAAGCAGUAAAUACUAUUUUAAGCUAUUAAUUGUAUGCUAAAAGCUUCUAAAGCACAAGUGCAUAUUUUUAUACUGCUCUUUUCACAACUCUGUGAUCUACAUAAAGUCAGACUUGAGAUUUUCCUUUCUCUUUUACCAGCCGAUCCUUCCUAUGUAUUAUUAUAAAUAUUAGACUCCGUAAACAAACUUCAUUUUUCUUUCUCUGUAUUUCAUGCUGCAUUUUUAAAAGGUAUAAACAGAGACUGAAAUAAUUGAAUCAGUAAUUACUUUUUUCCAAUACAAAUUGGAAUGCAGAAUACUUGGAACUUGUACAUGGGGAAAAAAUGACUUAUCACUAGAUAAUGUGCCAAUGUUUUUUCUAUGUUUUGUACCAAAAAUGGAAAAAUAUGACAAUUCCAUGCAAAGAAAUGUAUCUAAAUUAUUUUUGUUAGAUGAUAAGAGAACUUGCUUGGUCAGGACAGCAGCCAGCUUUGUAUUGUAAUGCUAUAUUAUGUAAAUGUGAUGAAAAUGUUUUUGUGAAGUACUUGUAACUAAAUUCCUACAGCCAUUUUUCAUUCCCAACAGCUGUUUUUAUUUUACUUCUUUGGCCUAAACUUUUCAUAAUUUCAAA